CUGGUUAGGCCGGAGCCAGAGAGAGCCGGGGAGGAUCUGUUGACUUACUGUGCCAACCCUGUCUGAACCUGGUCUCCCAUUGAGGAAUGCUGGAUGUUUUAACUGAACGUUUUACCCGCUACCCGGCUUUGCUUUCACUUGACGACGAGGACGACCGGAGAGACGAAUUUUAUUUCUACAACACAGACACUUCUUCACUGAAGCAACAACCCUGUUUACAUCACAGUCCGUGCACUUCAUGGUAUUGCUAUGUGGAAGAUAACCUGAUCUCCCAAGUCUUGCCCUUUGGCCCAUCACAUGUCUGAGGACAGUGAUCCAAAGCACUACCUGUACUCAACUCUGGACGGGCGUGAUCGGAACCGGGAAAGGGUCGGCUUCCAGGCGGAGGAAGAGGAGCACUCUCCCUGCGGCACCAUCAGCCAACUUCACCGCAUGGCCAGCGGUUACAGCGAGGGUUGUGGCGGGCAGGAUGGCGUCGAACUGGCCUCCGAGGGGAGCGACAGCAGCCACGAGCACCCGGCCUCGCUGGGCUCCCCGCAUGAUGACAGGAAGCGGCCGCGCCCACCUUUACACGAGGAUGUGGAGAUGGGCUGCAGCGGCUCGAGUGGGAGCGGGACAGAAUCCCAUGGCAACGAGUCGCACGGCAAUGAGUCCCAUGGCAAUGAGUCUGUGGGCAGCUCGAAUGGCAAUGGCAAAGAUUCCGCUCUCUUGGAGUCUUCAGAGAGCAACAAGAGCUCAAACUCUCACAGCCCUUCGCCGCCAAGCAGCUCCAACGCCUUCAGCCUGGUCAGUUCCGAGCAGGACAACCCUUCAACCAGCGGCUGCAGCAGCGAACAGUCAGCCAAAGCUAAGACACAGAAGGAGCUGUUCAAGACACUGAAGGAGCUGAAGAUGCACCUGCCAUUGGAAAAGAGAAGCAAGGGCAAGUCCAGCACCGUCAACACGCUCAAGUAUGCACUGCGAUGUGUCAAACAGGUGAAAGCAAACGAGGAAUACUACCAGAUGCUGAUGAUCAAUGACAGUCAGCCACCAGGGUUUGAAGUCUCCUCAUACACCAUUGAGGAAAUCAACAGCAUCACCUCUGAAUACACCCUGAAAAACACCGAUAUUUUUGCCGUAGCCGUCUCCCUCAUCACGGGGAAGAUUGUUUACAUCUCGGACCAGGCGGCGUCCAUCUUGAACUGCAAGCGGGAAGUGUUCAACAACGCCAAGUUUGUGGAGUUCCUGACACCUCAGGAUGUCAGCGUGUUCUACAGCUUCACCACGCCCUACCGCUUACCCUCAUGGAGCAUGUGCACCGGAGCAGAAUCGUCUCCCACGGAGUGCAUGCAGGAGAAAUCCUUCUUUUGCCGCAUCAGUGGUGGUAAGGAGCGUGAAGGGGAUCUGCAGUACUAUCCUUUCCGUAUGACUCCGUACCUGAUGAAAGUCCAGGAUGCUGAGCUCGCUGAGGAACAGUUCUGCUGCCUCCUGCUGGCUGAGAGGGUGCACUCUGGCUAUGAAGCACCCAGAAUCCCUCCUGACAAGCGCAUCUUCACCACCACACACACACCUAACUGUGUGUUCCAGGAUGUGGAUGAGAGAGCUGUUCCUCUGUUGGGUUACCUCCCGCAGGACCUGAUCGGAACCCCUGUGCUACUCAAUCUGCACCCAAGUGACCGACCAUUAAUGCUGGCUGUGCAUCGCAAGAUCCUGCAGUAUGCCGGUCAGCCGUUCGAUCACUCCUCGAUCCGUUUCUGUGCAAGAAAUGGUGAGUACAUCACCAUCGACACCAGCUGGUCCAGCUUCGUCAACCCAUGGAGCCGCAAGGUCUCCUUUGUCAUUGGCAGGCACAAAGUCCGCAUGGGUCCUGUGAAUGAAGAUGUUUUUGCAGCACCAGCUUUCCAUGGAGGGAAGAUCAUGGACUCAGACAUCCAGGAAAUUAGCGAACAGAUCCACAGGCUGUUGCUUCAACCGAUCCACAACAUGGGCUCCAGCGGUUACGGCAGCCAUGGCAGCAACGGUUCCCAUGAGCAGCUGGUGAGCAUCAGCUCGUCCAGCGAGAGCAACGGGAACAUCACAGCAGGGAAGACAGCCGAGGAGACGGGCAAGGCCAAGCCUCCCAGGACGUUCCAGGAAAUUUGUAAAGGGGUCCACAUGCUGAAGAACCAGGACUCUCAGGUCUGCAUGCACUCCCCUUCCCCUUCACCAUCGCCGUCGCCAUCCAAGCCCGAGCAGAAGAGGACCGCUGACGUGCCACCUCAGAGGAGUCCAGCAGUGCGUCUGAAGGACUCUGCUCCCCCCCUGCAGGUCAGAGACAGUACGACAGCCAGCAUGGAGGACUUCCCCUGCAAAGACCAGACUGUCCACUCCUACCAGCAGAUCAGCUGCCUCGACAGUGUCAUCAGGUACCUGGAGAGUUGUAACAUCCCCAUCACGGUGAAGAGGAAGUACCAGUUCUCCUCCAACACCACCUCCUCCAACUCGGAUGAUGACAAGAAGGGCUUAGAGGAUACAAAUCCAGACCCUUUGAUGCUAGACGCACAGCCAGGCCUGUCAAACAUGAAAGCACCAAAGAAGCCUCCAUCUGGGGCAGCUGCUGUUGUGGGAGGCCCCCUGGCACCCCUCACCCUGCCUAGCAAGGCUGAGAGCGUGGUAUCCAUCACGUCACAGUGCAGCUACAGCAGCACCAUCGUCCACGUCGGAGACAAGAAGCCUCAGCCAGAGUCUGAGAUUAUUGAGGACGUGGCAGAGAGCCCCGCGCCCCCGGCUCUGCCCGUUAGCGUGGUGUCUCCGCCCAGCCAGGAGAAGGAGGCCUACAAGCGUCUGGGACUGACCAAACAGGUGCUGGCCGCACACACCCAGAAAGAAGAGCAGGCCUUCCUCACCCGCUGCCGAGAGCUCCGCAACGCCAGAUCCUUCCAGAAGGAUUGUUCCACAUACCUUCACAAGCAGAGAGAAUCAGCCAACGCUGAAGGUACACAAGAAUCAUCUGGACCACGAGGUGCUGCCAAACAGGGCACCACCAGGCCCGAGACUACUGCCAAGAAGGGCAUGCGCAACAGGAAGUCCAAGAAACCACGGAUGAAGCAUCCCGAUUCGUCAGACAGCGCUGUGUCAAACCGCAAACCCCGUCCCCCUCUCCAGGGUCUCAACCAAACCUCGUGGUCCCCUUCAGAGGCGUCCCAGUCAGCUUUUAAUGUAUCUUACCCAACCAUGGUGCCUGCCUACCCUCUCUACCCCCCAGCUCCCUCUGCCCCGGCUCAGGCCCCCCUCCCUGACCCCUCCCUUUCGGCUGGUUUUGGAGAUGGACAGAGCACCCAAGCCCCGCCUACUGCCACUCCAUUCCCUGCACCCAUUGUUACACCUGUGGUGGCUCUGGUGCUACCCAACUACCUCUUCCCCCAAAUAGGACAGUUAGGUCAGAUAGGACAGCUGGGGGCUGCUGCUCGACCAACGUUUUUCCCUGAGCAGACCCAGACGCAACCUGCAUACACUGCUCAGCAGCCUUUUCAGCCCGCGCAGUCGGCCUACACCAUGCAAACGCAACCGCCCUACACCAGCCAACAGCCGUUUCCCGUGCAGACUGCCUUUGCCCCCCAGCAGCCUUUCCAGCCAUCUCAGACCCCCUACACUACCCAGCAGCCUUUCCAGGCGCCUCAGACCGCAUACACUACCCAGCAGCCUUUCCAGGCGCCUCAGACUGCAUACACUACCCAGCAGCCUUUUCAGGCCUCUCAGACCCCCUAUACAACCCAGCAGCCAUUCCAGGCCCCUCAGACCACCUACACUGCCCAGCAGCCCUUUGCCGCCCAGCGUUCUUUCCCAGUGCAGACUCAGUUUGUGGCCCAAGCCCCGUAUCCAGCUCAGCCCUUCCCUUACAGCCUAGCCUCCGAGCCCCCCAAAGCGGCAGCGUCCCGCUCCUCCACCCCAGCUUCAGGAGCAAGGGAACCCGCAACGUCACCGCCGCUGUUCGAGUCACGUUGCAGCUCGCCACUGCAGCUCAAUCUGCUGAGCAUGGAGGAGGGUCAGCGCUCAGUGGAACGGCAGGACAGCACAGCGCUCUCUGCUGGAGGCCAGGGCAGCAGCACAGCAGCAUCAGGGGUAGCUGGAGCCUCCGGGGAGAAGAACGGAGGAACGGCCAAAGCUGAAAACCACCAACAGGUGGAGUCUCCAGGAGAUGGAGCUCACAGCGAUGGUAACUCCUCAUCCUGCGACUUGCUGGACAUCCUGCUGCAGGAGCAGGAGGACUCCCACUCCGGCACUGGAUCAGCCACCUCUGGCUCCAUGGGCUCAGGAUCAGGCUCUGGAUCAGGUUCAGGAUCUGGCUCAGGAUCAGGCUCGGGCUGUGGUACAUCAGCUAGUGGAGCUUCUGGCAGCAGAACAGGGAGCAGCAACACCAGCAAAUACUUUGGCAGUGUUGACUCUCUGGAACAGGACCCCAAGGCCAAGGCCAAGUUGAGAGGCGACGGAAGUUCUGAAGGCGGACAGUCGCAGGUGAAGAUCCUCGCCCAAGGGGAGGGAGACCAUUUCAUCAAAUAUGCUCUCCAGGAGCCUCUCUGGCUGCUGAUGGCCAAUGCUGACGACAAGGUCAUGAUGACAUAUCAAAUGCCAUCUAGGGACAUUCAGAAGGUUCUGCGAGAAGACAAGGAGAGGCUGAGACAGAUGCAGAAGAGCCAGCCUCACUUCUCGUCAGACCAGCGACGAGAGCUAGUGGAAGAACACCCCUGGAUGAGGAGAGGAGGUCUACCUGCUGCUAUCAAUGUGAAGGAGUGUGUGUACUGCAAAGAUGAAGAGACGACUCCCUUCGAGGAGGACCUGCCAGACAUGGAUAUGGGCGAGAUGGGCGAGGAACUAAGCAAAGAGAGCCAGAACCCCCAGAGCCAAUCAGAGCAUCAGCAGCCUCAACCAGACACUGGUUCCUGAACACACAAAACCGUCAGCAGGAGGACACGCUCAGCUAGCCAUGGACUCUCAUGACGAGCCCACACACACACACACACACACACUCACAGGACAAAUCCACACAGAACAGUCUGUUGCCAUUGUGGUGAACAUGAGGUUGUGUGCUGCUCCUGUGUGCGUGUGUGUGUGUGUGUGUUGUUCCAAGGACUACAGGACUGAAGUGCAGUUCUUAUCGAGUCCACACGGGGGCAGUAACACUUCACGAGGAACUUCAUAUGCAUGGCCCUCAUAUGGAGCUUUUACCAGCACACACACACACACUCUUAAUGAAAUGAUCUGGAGCCUCUGUGGUUAGUGACCUUUGACCUCCUGGAUAUAUUUUUUGUUUUCCAUCUGGUGUGUCAGAGGAUUUACAGCAGCAUUAAUUUAAUAGAAAGAGAAAUUAAAUAGUUGAUUAAUAUGAAAAUCUAUAUAUUUUGACAAAAUAAAUGUUAUUAAAUAAUUUUAAAAUUAGUAACAAACAGUCCAGCAUUGCUGUUUAAAUACUGCCAGACAUGUUUUUGUUGACCACGUGUUCCCAUUCAUUUCCCUCAACCCCCAGAAUUCCCUUGUUUUCCCAUUAACAACAGUAGCUCGUUGGAUGCUACAGUCCAGGUCACAGGGCAGGCAGUCCCGCCUUUUGUAUCACAGAUGAGUUUUUGUCUCACUGAUCUCCUCAGGCCAGAGUGUUUGAGCUAUUCAGGCACACAGCGGUCAUAGAACCCGACACAACCAUGACAAUCUGAGAGAUUGAUUUAAUAGAUAUUUAUUUUUUACCAGAUAUGUAUCUUGAAUAGAUUUAUUUAAAAGUUAAAGCCAAAUCCAUUCAGCUUAAAGACAGUACUCGUCUAUGAACAGUUUACAAUUAACUCCACAGUCACUUUACCGAACUGCAGCUUAAUUUAUCCGUUUCACAGAUUAACCUUGAAGUGUCAUAGAUCUCCUUAACCCACAGAUUAUGAAGCUGCUGAAAAAUGUUUUUCUUUUUUAAAACGGUCAACAUCAGAAAAUGAAGCAGAGGUUUACAGGAUGGUUUUACAAACUAACAAACAUUUCCUUUUCAACUUCAAUUUGUAUCUUUAAAUGACACUUUUUUUUUCUUUUUUAAAGAUGUAUCUAUGUUCAUUGCAGAAUGUUGCAACAUUUGAUAUACGGUGCAGCUCUACUACAAAAUGUCAUAUUUAGAACAAAGUAGUGCUGGGAUUUAUACGUUAUGCAAAAAUGACAUUGUCUCCAUUUGCACCCUUUUCAGAGACAUUUCCUUUGCUCUUUUUUUUUUUUUUAAACAUCUGUUUUUCUGGCAAAAUAGAAACACGGGCUUCUCGAACUUCUCCACCGCACCAAGAAACAAUGUUUUUCUUACAAUGCUAGCAUGUCUCAGAGGUGAGAAAUUUCAAUGCUUUUGGUCAAAGACUUGUGUGAUAAGCAGGAGGAAGCAGCAUUACAAUUGUAGCAAAUAAGGGGACCAUGUUGGGGCACAGUGAUCUUCUAAAGAACCCUGAGUUGAACAGAAAAUGGUGACAUGCACCCUUCGUCAUGUAACGUGGCGUAUUAAGGAAACUGUGAUCCAUGUUGGCUCAGUGUAAAUGGUGAGAGAACCGGGAACAACUCUGGUGCUACAGCAGAGAAACUGAAUGUAACACAGUCUGGACCAAGAGCGUCGCACACUUUUUUUUUUUUUCAUUUCUCGUUGACUUCUCAGAACCUUUUUUUUAUUGUUCUAUUUUUCUAUAUUUUCUCUUGUGUAUUUUAUUUUAUUUUAUUUUGUUUUGUUUGUUUGACAAAAGUAAGAGCAUGUAAGCGUCGCUGGAGACGGACCCUACCUCUAAUAAAUCCCAGGUCAUGUUACUGUAAGCAGAAUAUAACAUGUACACAUGUGGGCAAGGCGCAAUGGACAGAGUGGUCAGAUAAUGAAGUGAUUCCGAUGAGUAAUGGGAGCUGUGCGGACGCCCGUCACCACCUUUAGCAACUACAGCCUAUCUCUGUAUUUUGUC